UUGAGACCAUCACGAUUGCUUUUUACAUAAAGGAAAUUCAUUAUUAUUAUUAUUAUUAUUAUUAUUAUUAUUAUUAUUAUUAUCUUGAAUCGACGUUGUUUAGAAAUGUCCACUUUUAUUUUACACAGAUUUUGCCAGUUUGGAUUCUUCACAUAUCUCGUGCUGUUUCCCUAUAUCUCCUUAACAUCUUCAGUUAGCCUAGAUUUGACUGAGCUAAGGAACAAAGUAGCAAAGAUCAAAGUCAAUCCAAGGGGAAAUCUAUGGGCGACAGGUCACUUUAUGGGGAAGAAAAGCGUUGUAGACAGCGCACUGUUACCGCCCGAAGAUGAUGCUACGAUGAGCGCUAUCGAGGCCGCUCUGAAUCCUAAACGCGUCGAACCCGAUGAUCUUUAUCAGGAGGUCCUAAAAACUGCACUACAAGCACGACUCGACUCGGAGGACAGCCGCGCUAGAAACCCGGAUACUGCAUUAUUCAUGAAGAUAUUAGAGAACUACAUCCAAGGCAACAGAAGGUGGUGAUGGUGAAAUCCCACAGACAGACCACCAUUUGCUGAAAUCUCCAAAGAUCCUCAGCUACAUGUACAGCUUUCCCUUGAUUGCAGUUUUUCUGUUGAGUUUAGUCCAAAUCUUAUCUGUAUAUUUAUUUUUUCUGAUAGUGUGGAGCAUUCCAGUGUUUAUAUUUAACAAUUUGUAUUUAAUAAACACAGAUAUUAGCAAAGUUAUUUGCCUGAAUGUAUAUCAUUUCAACUUAUGAAGGCAGCAUGACUUUCAAAGCU